CCCUUUUGCUGUGCCGUUUAUUGCGUUUAAGCCUCAAAUUGCCCUUGACUUUGUCGUAUUGAUUUUGGACCCCACAUUUGGCUCCAUUGACAUUUAAGGAAGACGGCCUUGCACAAAUUGAUCUUCGAUUUAUUUUUCCUACCGAGCUACAGACGGACUGCCCACCAUGGAAAACAACAAAGACUUAACAGUGCCCAUUGCACCGGCCAUGGCCGCAGAAUCAAUUACAGAUUCUGCAGUAGGGACAGCGACUGUACCAAAAACAGCGCCAGUAGAUGGAACAACAUCGCCCGCAGAGUUACCCACAGCAUUGCCCCCGGCGUCGCCCAUAGCACCUGAAGUAUCACCGACGCUGGAGCCAACUACAGCCACAACAAGAUCAUUGCCAGUAUCCGACGACCCAAUGGCGAUCAUUCCCGCGGAGAGUGGACCUCCCCCACAAUACGAUGAGCACGAGAAAGACGCAAUCACAACCCCUGCACCGGCAGUUACAUUACCCCAGACCAACGAGAAAGGUGCACCACUCGGUCCACAAGUUCCUGUUGCCCAGAGAGUCGUUCCACUGGCCAAUCUUGGUGAAGAGCCCGGACGAAUCUGUUGUCCGUUUUGCUUCCACGAGGUUCAGACCAGGGUGAACAAGGAAAGCACCAGCGCUACAUCGAUGGCCGCUGUGUGCUGCUGUCUCUUCGGCGGAAUUUGCUGUGCAUUCCUACCAUUCUGUAUGGAGAUGUGUCACGACUCGCACCACUUCUGUACAAACUGCGGCGUGCAAGUAGCUAUUCAUCCACAUGAAGGGCCGGUCCAGCAAUUUGGACCUGACUCCCCCGGCGCAAUUAUUCAAGCACCGGGCCGUAUUCAACCACCAGAGGCCGUUAUGAAGAACUAGGGUGACGAUCUACAAUGUUCCAAGGAGUGAAUGAUAUAUGCUAGGUGUACUGGUCCGCUUGAUACCUUUGAAUAC